GGAGGAGAAGAAGUUCCGCCCGGAGGUCGUUUCACCCUCUUCGUGGCGACGGGGCCGUUAUCUGGCCGCGCUGUUUAGCAGCUGCUGGUGAGAGAGGAAGAGCGUGAGGGUGGCAUUUGUAAAGGCAACGUGUAGCAAGAUGGGCUGUGCCAUGUCCGCGGAAGAACGAGCCGCUCUUGCUCGUAGCAAGCGGAUCGAGAAGGAUCUCAAGGAGGAUGGUAUCCAGGCGGCCAAGGAUAUUAAGCUCUUGCUGCUUGGAGCGGGCGAGUCCGGCAAGAGUACGAUCGUGAAACAAAUGAAAAUUAUCCACGAGAGUGGCUUCACGCCGGAAGACUUCAAGCAGUACAGACCCGUCGUAUACAGUAACACGAUACAAUCUCUAAUCGCUAUUCUCAGAGCGAUGCCUAAUCUAAACAUCCACUUUUCAACUAACGAGCGAGAGACGGACGCAAAAAUGGUAUUCGACGUAAUACAAAGAAUGGAAGACACGGAGCCCUUUAGCGAAGAAUUGCUGGCGGCUAUGAAGAGGCUGUGGUACGAUAAUGGAGUGCAGGAGUGCUUUGGUAGGAGCAAUGAGUAUCAGUUGAACGACUCCGCAAAAUACUUCCUGGAUGAUUUGGACCGAUUAGGAACGAGGGAUUACCAGCCAACGGAACAGGAUAUCCUUAGGACUCGAGUGAAAACGACGGGAAUCGUGGAAGUCCACUUUUCAUUCAAAAAUCUCAACUUCAAAUUAUUUGAUGUGGGUGGUCAGAGGAGUGAGCGUAAGAAAUGGAUACAUUGCUUCGAGGAUGUAACUGCAAUUAUCUUCUGCGUGGCAAUGUCCGAAUACGAUCAAGUCUUGCACGAGGACGAAACGACGAACCGGAUGCAAGAGAGCUUAAAGCUGUUCGACUCGAUCUGCAACAACAAGUGGUUUACUGACACCUCGAUUAUCCUCUUCCUGAACAAGAAGGAUCUCUUUGAGGAAAAAAUCCGCAAGUCUCCUCUCACAAUCUGUUUUCCCGAAUACGCUGGUGCGCAGGCGUACAGCGAAGCGGCUGCAUACAUCCAGGCACAGUUCGAAGCGAAGAACAAGUCGACCACGAAGGAGAUUUACUGCCACACGACCUGUGCCACCGACACGAACAACAUUCAAUUUGUGUUCGACGCAGUCACAGACGUCAUUAUCGCCAAUAAUCUGCGCGGCUGCGGUCUCUACUAGGCUAAUUCUGUAUUCUACGUUAAGCGCAAACGGAGGAGGAAAACGUUA